GUGAAAUCAAUUCAACAGUGAUCAGGCUGACGGUCAUUCACAAAGAAACGUAACUUAUAGUGACAGUAUGAAGAUAGUGCUGCUGGCUCUCCUAGGAGUGCCUCUGGUAUUCGGGGCAGCGUUACACAGAGAAGAGGGAUCAGAAGAUGCUCAUGACAUCGAGAAGCGAGGGGCAUUUGACAUGGUGGACUACUUGGAACGGUACGGCUACCUCAACACCGACUACAACACCGAGGACGAUGGCGGUCCCAUAUUCCACUCCGAAGUCGAGCUGGAAUACGCUCUCAGGAAGUUCCAGGAGUUCACCGGACUUCCGGUAACAGGCAUGAUGGACAGGAAGACGUAUGAGCAGAUGAACAAGCCUCGUUGUGGGUUUAGGGAUAUUCCGAAAGAAGCUGAUCCUAACCAGCCGCUGGGUUAUACACUUCUUGGAGGGACGUGGCCAAAAGAGGAAAUUACCUGGAAAACAGUGGCAUGGACCAACCAGAUGGGUCAGUCGGUGCAGAAACGGGCCAUGGAGAACGCCUUCAAGUACUGGCAGGCAGUGACUCCGUUGACCUUCAAAUACACAGACGGGACCCCUGACAUUGAGGUCAAGUUUGCACGCGGCGAGCACGGUGAUGGAGCAUACAACGCCUUUGAUGGAAAAGGCAAGACGCUUGCGCAUGCGUUUGGCCCGGGAACACAUCCAAUCAACGGCGACACCCACUUCGAUGAUGACGAGGAGUGGACAUAUCACGAUGACCGCGGUACAGACCUUGAAACGGUUGCUGCUCAUGAAUUUGGACACGCCCUUGGUCUUGGACAUUCUGGAGUUCGAGGAUCUCUCAUGGCACCGUACUACCAAGGUUACGAUCCCAACUUUAAACUACACAGCGAUGACAUCAGAGCAAUACAGACUCUCUAUGGGUCUAAUCCUAACCGCCCAACUACAACACCCGCAACAACACCAACAACAACAACAACACCAACGACGACAACGACCAAGCCACCAACUACUACCAAAGGGGCAACAAGUCCAAAUGCCGAUUACUGCUCGACCAAAUUAGACGCCAUCGUCACGGCUUCCGACGGUUUCACAUACGCCUUCCGGUAUCGCAAGGUAUACAAACUGGGUAGCCGGGGUCUAGAGGCUGGCUACCCCAGACCAAUCAGGGACGUGUACCCCCGGGCACCGGGCAAGAUCAGAGGCGCAUUCUACAUGCCCGAGAACAGGAAGACCUACUUCUUCAAAGGACCUCGAGUGUGGAGGUACACCGACUUCGAACUGGACACAGGCUUCCCCAAGACCAUAUACACAGCAGAUUUCCCUGAGAACAUUCACGCCGUACUCAACAUGCAGGACAGCUACGGCAAGAGUCGCAUCUUCAUGUUCGGGAGUAACAAGUUCUGGGAGUGGAACCCCAACACCCUACAGAUGGUUCCAGGGUGGUCGUACAACAUCGAGGACCACUGGCUGGGAAUCCCCCGGGGGGUGGAGGCAGCUGUCAAGUGGUAUGACGGACACAUGUACUUCUUCAAGGGAACAAAUUUCAGAAAGUUUAACGAUUAUUACCGUACUGUGGAACCCGGUUACCCCAAGCCCUGGGCGCCAGUCUGGAUGCGGAAUGUGUGUGAAAGUGCGUCGCUUCGCCAACAGGAGGCGGGAGUCGAGUUAGACGCGGGAAGCAAUACAGAGUUCGAUUGGGACAUGGGAAGACAGCGGGAUAUCCCAAAUAUUCCUAUUUUCCUACAGUGAAACAUCUAGCUGAGAUUCCCGUGUACCUCUCGUCAUUUAACUGAGAUUAGAUCAAUUCUAUUUACAGAAUUUAUAUUUAUUUUACAAAAGAUUGUGAACCAGGGGAUCUUAUUUAAAGCAGAGUAGGGGACCACAAUUAUAGCUAGUUCGAUGGCUUAGGAGACGCAUGGAAAUUUUAAUUUGGAUAUUUAAUUUAAUUUGGAUAUUAACGCAAUAUUUCAGUUGUCAUGUUUUCCGUACUUAAACUUGAUUCGUCCAUUGAUAGAAAUAUAUGAUAGUUAUUAUAACUUAAUAUACUGCUGUCAAUCCGUUGUUAAUGAAAACGUUUACAGAGACUGUUAUGUGUUGGAAACUGUAGAUUGUGUUGAAGUGUGAACCGGUAAUUUGUCUUGUUCCGUGUUGGCUAUUGCUAAGGGUACAGUUAACCCCGCUGUCCAUACAACCGGGUUGUAGACAAUCAUUUUGAUUCUCAUAUUUAAAGAAUAUUUAUUUCUACAUUUUUAUUUUUACCUCAUGUUUUUAUUUAUGUUUUAUAAUAAAAAACAUUAAGUAUA